GGAAAUACAGCAGACCCCCGAGCCUGAGGAGCUAUGGAGAGCAGCAUGUUCUUUGGUAACACAUGUCAAAAUGGCCUCAUGCCCACCUUGAUGCGUCCCACCCUGCCGGCCGUCCAGACCUCGCUGGGCAUGAAGCAGUUUCUCCCGUUUCCAUUGGAUACGAGCACGGCGGUGAGCCUCUUCCCAGGAUUCAACACGAUGGACCCCGUGCAGAAAGCCGUCCUCCAUCACACCCUCGGCCUCCCUCCCACCGUAAAGAGGAAGCACGUCUCCUGCAGCGUUUGCCAGCUGAGGUUCAACUCACAGAGCCAGGCUUUGGCCCACUACAAGGGGACCAAACAUGCCAAGAAGCUAAAAGCCCUGGACGCUCCGAAGAGUAAGCUCAAAGGCUCAGUGGUCACCAAGGAAACCGCAAACCAGGAGAUCGCCAAGGGCAUCAACACCUCGCAGGUCCCCAACGGCACCGACAGGAAAGAUGGCAUUCCUGGAGCAGUGCCCCUACCGCUUUCCCUUGAGCUCAGACCGCCACUUCCCUUGGCAUCCUUGACGACACUCACGACGCCAACGCCGGCACCUGUGGCCUCGCCGAUAGUCCAGAGCACCAUGGCAGCCACCGCCCCAGAGACUACCUCAGCAGCUGGAGGGGACUCGACUCUCGACUCACUCUCAGAACCAGACUUGGAGCCCGAGGUGGAACCGGAGGCGGAGACAGACGCGGAAACAGAGGAGGAGAAAGCUCGACGUCUUCUGUACUGCUCGCUGUGCAAAGUGGCGGUGAACUCUGCAUCGCAACUGGAGGCUCACAACAGCGGUACGAAGCACAAGACGAUGCUCGAGGCCAGGACCGGCGUGGGCUCCAUCAAGUCUUUCCCCCGGCCGGGGGUCAAAAGCAAGCUGGCUACACCCGUCAAAUCAACUACGGGCCUGCAGAACAAAACGUUUUACUGUGAGACGUGUGAUGUGCAUGUCAACUCAGAGACUCAGCUAAAACAGCAUAUCAGCAGUCGGCGUCAUAAAGACCGAGCAGCAGGUAAACCAGCCAAACCUAAAUACAGCCCCUACAGCAAACCGCAGAAGGGCCAGACCAAGCAGCCGAUAAAGCUGACCCUGGGUAAAGAUCGCCAGUGUCCGUCUCUCACCACGCAGAUCAUACCCGCUCACCUGGCGGCAAUGGCAGCAGCCGCCGCCGCCGCCCUCGGCAACGCGUUCACGCACCGCACCAACCUCGCCAACAACCUCGCCAACAACCUCGCCAACAACCUCGCCAACAACCACGGCCCCCCUGCCCUCUUCCAGACACAGACCCUCCCCGCUGCACUGCUCCGCCCGGCCCCCGGGCCUGUCAGGACCUCCCACCCACAAGUCCUAUUUGCCCCUUAUUGACCUGUUUGACCCGAGGGGCGGUUCUGCGCCGCCUCCCGUCAAGGACCAAACCAUGUGCUUCACCCAGAACCAGGCCAAGGAGUCGUGUCUGCAUCUGCACUCCGUCUAUGCAUCCGGGGAACACCUUCUCACCUCUCCUCACAUGGAUUAUCCCACAUUUAAAAUUGAACUGCAGCCUCCCAUGAUGGAUUUAUUUCUCUAAUCCCACUGAAAACUACAAUAUACGUGCUUUCUGUGCCAUCCUGCAGCCCACAGCUCAGACCCCCGGACCUGGACCUAUAUUGAACCGCAAUAAUAUAUAAGACUAACCCCCGUGAAC